AGAUUCAAGUGCCAGCACCGCCCAUCUCUAAUUCAAUUCAUAAGCUUAUUCAUAAUUCAUAACAUCUUAAGGUUUCACGCAGCGACAAAAACAAUAUGACAGCUAAACCAGGACGCGCCCUACACUAUGUAUUCAAGAUUGGCGAUCGAGCUAAGAAUGCAUUUUUCUUUCGCAACAUUCUGGGCAUGCAGGUUUUGCGCCAUGAGGAAUUUAAAGAAGGCUGCGAUGCGGAAUGCAAUGGACCCUAUGACAAUCGUUGGAGCAAGACCAUGGUGGGAUAUGGGCCUGAGCAGUCGCAUUUCGUCAUUGAGCUCACCUACAACUAUGGCGUUAAGAGCUACGAGAUGGGCAAUGAUUUUGGUGGCAUAACCGUACACUGCAAAGAUAUAUUGGCACGUGCUGCUCAGCAUUCGUAUCCCGUUGGCAAGCAAUGCGAGAGCAACGUGCUCACAUCGCCAGAUGGCUAUAAGUUCUAUAUUGUUGAUGUGACGCCCACUGUGGCGAAUCCAGAUCCCGUUCAGCAGGUGGAGCUGCAUGUCACUAAUUUGUCCGCCUCGCUCCAAUACUGGAAUGAGCUGCUUGGCAUGAAGAUUGUCAGCGAGACUAAAGAGUCCGCUUGGCUCAACUAUGGCGAAAAACAAGCGAAGCUGCGUCUCACUCAUUUGACUGAUCCGCUGGAUCGGGCCAAAGCAUACGGACGCAUUGCAUUUGCCAUACCCGCAUCAACUCAAAAGCCAUUGUUCGAGUCUGUGCAGAACGCUGGCGGCACCAUUUUAAAGUCACUGAUUACGCUGGAUACGCCCGGCAAGGCAUCCGUUACGGUGAUAAUUUUAGCCGAUCCCGAUGGGCAUGAGAUAUGCUUUGUGGAUGAGGAGGGUUUCUCUCAGCUGUCACAGGUCGAACCUGAUGGCAAUGCACGGCUGGACAAGUACAUUGCUAAGGAUCCCUAUCAGGAUUAGGAACAGACAUGAGCCAUGCUAUAACUUUUUCUAAUACUUCAACAUACAAAUUAUAGAAUCGUGUUUUUUUUUUUGUUUUGAAAUAUGUAUACAAUUUUGAUAAUGUUACGGUUGAGGGUACGAGUGUGAAAUAUAUUUACAUAUGUAUAUUUAAAGUAAAA